ACUGUUGCCUUCCUCUUCUCGAGGGUUGUCCAUAGAAGAGACACCACACCUGAGCGAGGAAUCGUCGAGCUCUCAGUGUCCCAACUUUGUUCAAUAAAUGAAGACGUGAAGAACUACGCUCCGAAAAGAAGCACCAAAAAAAGAGACUUUGAAAAAGUAUCACCCGAUAAAAGACAGUUGAAAUCAGAACAUCAUGGAUGAUCUGUUUGCCGUUGCUGAAGGUGAAUUGCAUUGCCAUGAAUCCAUUGUGUUGACCGAUAGUCGGUCAUAUGAGGACCAGGUGCUACUUAAGGAUCGACGAGUCCUUGAAAACAUUCUCAAUCGUCAGCAGGAUUCUCGGCACGGAAUCGUCAACUACUUCAACACAGUGCAAAGUGAAAUCAAACCCCAUAUGCGGAAGAUUGUCUCGGAUUGGAUGCUCGAGGUCUGCGAGGAGCAACAGUGUCAUCCCGAGGUGUUCUCUUUGGCCAUCAACUACAUGGACCGAUUCCUAAGUCAGCUCUCCCUCCAGAAACACCAGUUCCAACUUCUGGCUAGUGUGUGUCUCUUCUUGGCCUCCAAAUUCAAGGAGACAAACCCACUUCCGGCCGAAAACCUGGUCAUCUACACCGACAACAGUAUUUCCACCCAUGAGAUCACGCAAUGGGAACUGUUGGUACUCGAUGUGCUCAAUUGGGAUCUCUCAGCUGUCACACCUUACAGUAUAUUGGACCACCUUCUUCGAACUCUGGAGUUUGAUCCCAAGUUUCAAGUCGAGACCGUCCGUCGUCAUUCCGAGACCUUUGUGGCCUUGGCUGCCACCGAGCACGUAUUUUGUCAAACCAGCCCUGCUGUCAUCGCCGUGGCGUGUCUGGCCUCGGCUCUCCGAGGAUUGAACGCUCAAGGUCUGGACGAGAUGUUGGCCAAACUUCAAGGUCUUACCGGUGUACAAAAGAAUGCUAUCCAAGAAUGUAUGGACAAAGUGGAAAUCUCCAUCAGUCUCAGCAUGUCUGGAGUCAGCUUCCAACCCACCAAUUCGUCUCCAGCGGUGGCACCAAACCAACAAUCAACUCAUUCCUCCACCAAAAUUAUCCCUCAACAACCAGGAUACUACCAACACUCCACCACGCCGACUGAUAUCAUGGAAAUAUCCUCGACCUGUGUCUUUUAAGGCGAUGAGAAGAGUAAUUCAAUCCAAAAGCCAACCGACAACGUUGCGUUGUUGCCUCUCAACCGUUAGUCAUAUUUGCCCCCUCGAUUCUCAUCUUGUUCUCCAAAUGAAUAAUUGCUCUUCUUUUGGAUCCCAUAUUCAUCCAGUUACAGUAUUUCUAUAUUUCAUGGGCAUGGAUCUCGUCAAGGAUUCCUUAUAAAUUUUUUGGAAGUCCCCUAAUUCAAAAUCUCGUGCGUUUGCAAGAUGUUUUGUGCUCUUAUCUCAACGUUGUUGUAUUUGUUCUACGUGCAGAACAACGACUCGAGGGGUAAACUUACCUUUAGCUCGUUGGGCUCGCACGUAGUUUCAUCAUCACUAUUUUUGUUGUUAUGUACCUGAUUUCAUAUAUGAAAGAAAAGCCAAAUAGAAUUGAAAUAAAUUAUGUGAUUAUCCAAUGGAAAAUUGCCUCUCUCCAUCUCUGAUCCAAUUCCGCUCGUUCCCAUGAGUGGCGACAAGCUAGAGAUUUCCCCCCAUGAUUGGAGUCGUUGGUAGUAGCCACAUCACU